AUGCCCGGAACAAAAGCAACAACAGGAAAGUCGUGGGAAGAUAAAUUUGAUGCGGUAGCUCUGAAUUCGAUUUAUACAGAAACAUUCAAAAAGGAACAACAUAAUUAUAAAUUGAAGGAGGAAUAUACGACACAUCCCGGCAGAAUUGACGUGGUCACAGAUAAACCCAAUAAGAGAGGAAAACAUUUUUUAGAUAAGGAUCAAGCUCUCAUUGAGAGCAUCAUUUCGCGACUCACCCCAGAGCAAGUCGAGAAAUUUGAGCAGACCGUUGGUGAGCCUGUCAAUACUCUACUUUCAAAGAGUCAAAAGCCAACCACACCGGAGAAGGAAGAAAUGCUCAGAACUGCUCGUGAGCAAGACCGUUUGUUUUUAGAGACCAGAGAAAACCUUUCCAAAAAACCAACAGAACGAUUUUCCAAGCCACAAACAAGUGCUCAAACAGUAGGAUGGUUCCAUCAGCAAGAUACAUCUCUGCGAACCACUCAUUCUCACAAGCCAAAAAAGAGUUGUGAGGAGACAUUAUUUGCCAAUCAUCUUGUACAAUUCAAAGCAAAUAUUAGAGAAACUUCAAAGGGAUCUGCUCCUCAAAAGAAAUAA